GAAGAAUCGCCAAUACAGCGAAGAAGAAGAAGAACGUGUUUACGGAAGUUUAUGUGCACCAGAAUUUCUUUACAUUUACAUACUAACAGUUUACAUAUUUGUCUUAUUUUCUACUUAUGUCACAUUUUUUAUUUAAUAAUGUUUCAUUAAUAGGCUCUAAUUAAUGAUUCCCCAUAUUGAUUAUAAAACGAAGAAAUCCCAGUCAUAGCUAGCUUUUUCCUUUUGUUGAUAGAAUCAUCCAUAUGUGUGAUUAUAAUGUAGAUACAAUUACUUUAGAUAUCGGCAUUCUAAUGUAUGGUUAAAAAAAAUAUGGUCAUACACAUCUUAGCCUUUUAUCAGAUAUGCAUCUCCUUUGAUGAGCGUCAUCAAAUGUUGGUUUAUCAUGGAGUUAAAUGGAGAAGCUGCAGCUGAGGUGAAAUGAUGCAACGACGUUUCCUGUCAUUAAGGUCCUUGUUUGGGCCAGAUCGCUCUGGAUUUUGCCUUGUAACAUUCACUCUGAUCACGCUGAUGGUGUUGAUCUAUGUUGGGGGCUUCCAGGCAAGUCUGAGCGUCGGUCCAGGAGGAUACUUCCCAAGGUUCAGAGAUGUGUUCCUAUAUGCUCUUAGUCACGAUGAUCAGCCCUCCUUGCUGAUCAGCCUUGUUCUUCUGCUGCUGCUGGGAUCAUGUCAGGAGCGGCGCUGGGGAUCAGUGGCCUUCCUUCUCCUCUCCAUCCUCACAAUGGCUUUGCUGUCAUUUAUUUACACUUUGAUGCUGUUUGUGGGAGGAGGUGAGGCGAGUCGGAUCUGUGGCUACUCCGCCAUCCAGCUCGCUCUGUUUACAGCUCAGUGUCGACAAGCCACAAAAAGGAGGCUGCUGAGGUGUUUACCAGUCUGGCUCCUGCCAUGGCUUUUUCUGCUGGGUGGUUUGCUGCUGCUGCCAGGAACACCGCCCUUGCUUCACCUCUGUGCUAUAUGCAUUGGACAUAACUAUCAGCAGCCCUUUAUUGGGGCCUUACAGGAACUGGAAGAGAUCAGUAUUUUUCCUUUCAUUCCUAGUUGGAUGUACGUUCCUACUUCAACCCGGUUCAGACUGCCAACGUUUGCAACCUCCCAGAGGUACCUUCCACAGUUCAUGGCUGAAAAUCAUGCAGCUCCUCCACCUGUGAGGGGUCCCACAGUUCACAGCCCCCACCCAUGGAUGGAGCCAUCACCUGCCUGGGUGAUGGAGGCGCGGUCUGCUGCUGUGUCUGAGACAGAAGUGCUGGAGGAACAGAUGCUACGAGCAGGGAUACUGGCCUCCUUACAGGAUGCUCCUGAAGAAGGGCCUGACGCUAAAGUAGAGGUCCAAAAGUCAUCAGUGUCUUCACUGCGGCUACAGCAGCUGGAGAAGAUGGGAUUUCCCACAGAGAAAGCUGUGGUUGCAUUAGCAGCAACCAAGCAGCUAGAUGGCGCCAUUUCUCUACUUAUUGAGGAUAGUAUUGGAGAACAAGCAGUGGUGGUAUCUAAGGGAAAGAGCCAUCCACCACCACGACAGCAGAGCAUCUAAACAAGCUUCUCUUUUUUAGGAAUCGCUCUGUUACGGAUUUUUCACUUUUGAUUUAAACUGGACAUACGCCAUGCUUGGGCUUUUCUGAGCUUCUGUAUUUUCUCUUUGAGCUGCAUGAAGAACUUAUAAUUAAAAAAUAGCCCAAAACACUGGAAAAAAGCGGAAAAUGUUCCAGAAUUGUAUGCUUUGUUGUUCCAUAUCAGCAGAGACAAUAUAAAUGUGUGUGUGGGGUGUGUGUGUGUGUGUGUUGGAAGGGGUUAAAAACAAGUUUAAUAAUAACGUUUGUGCCAUGAAUUCAAACAGGUCACAUGUUAAAAUAGUAAUAAUAAAAAAAAAACAUUUAUUACACUUAGCAUCUUAGCAGGAUUACCUUAACACAGUAACACAUUUGCAAAGACAGAAAAAAAAAAAAAAAUCAAAAUACAAAAUGGUUACACAAAAGCUAACAACAUAAACUACAUUUUUAAAUAGUUUCACAAUAACUUUAAGAUGAAAAAAAAAAAAUGUAUUUAAUUUUUUUUUCAUCAGAGCAGUUUUAGCAGUUAUACA